UUUGACUGUAAUAACAUGAAAUUUAUAUAAAAAAUUGGACACUAAGCAACAGUUGUUUAUAAACUUUCAUCAAAUGUCGGUUUUCAAAAUUUAAGUUGAAUUUUUUCGGCAUUGAAAUAAAAAUUAGUUAUAUUGAAAUUUAUAUGUAACAGAAUCGCGAAAACCCAAAUGAAUACUCGCAAGAUGACCAUACGUGACACCACUUUCCUAGGCGAAGUAAUGGAUACCAUAGCUAAUUUCAAGGAUUCAAAAGGUUCGCCUCCCGAUAAGAUACUCGGUGCUAUUGUUUCGCAAAAGAAAGUUCCAAUAAGGAAUCCAUCUUUGCAAAUGAGGAAAGCUCUGAAGAACGGUCUGGAAACUGGUCUCUUGAAAGAGAUGAAUGGAAAAUUCAAGUUAUGUCUAAGCAACAGGGAAUACUCCAGAUUCAAAAACUUUGCGAUGAUGCGGACGAAGCAGCUUCGGAUUAGAGAAUUCAGAAGAAGAGACAUGCGUCUUCUAGAUAAACGCCGGAGACGCGAUAGUAGAAGAAGAGACAUGCGUCUUCUAGAUAUACGCCGGAAACGCGAUAGUAGAAGAAGAGACAUGCGUCUUCGAGAUAAACGCCGGAGACGCGGUAGUAGAAGAAGACGCAGAAGUCAAUUCUUCGAAAAUGAUACCAAAGAACUUCAUAAGACUUCAAAUGGUUCACGAUUGCUCAAAUUAGCCCCGAGUUCUAUAAACGAAUUACGUAGACGUAGUAGAAGUAAAAGACGUAGACGUAGACCUAGAGUAAGAAGAAGAAGUUAUUUUUUAAAAGACAACAUUACGAUGGCCGAGCUGAUGGACCGUAGUAGACGGCGUAAAGGAAGAAUGCGAGAACGGCUCGUACGUCGACGAAGUUUAGUAGAAAGAGAAGGCGAUGAAAAUCCGGAAUCUAAAGAGAUAUCGAGAAUAUCAUCGGAAGAAGAACCGAGAAUUGUCAAAAGUGGAUCGAGGCAUCCCCUUGUGAAACGAGAAACGGAACCAGGAGGAAAUCAAAUCAACGACAACGUGAAUGCUCAUUGCAUUCACAGUUUUCACCACGACGACGGUCACUACGGACAUCCACCGCAUUUUGGAAGAGAAUAUUACAAUUAAUUUAACAAAAUCACCAACAAAAAAAAGUCUCUACAAAUGUUAUGUUAUAAUAUUGUUAAUAUUAUGAGUGGAGUAUUGUCUGUAUCGUCUUUUAAAUAUAUUAUCAUUAUCGUU